AUUUCAUAAUACUCAUACUCAUACUGUCUAUACUUUAUCCAAACCCAAUGGAAAAUUUUAUCUUUUCAACUCAAACCUUUCCCUUGAUGGAAAGUUAAUAAGUUGCCCUUCCAAUGCAGAACGAACGAUCGAUAUAAUAAGUCAUAGCCAAGUCAAUGUCUACGGCCAAAGAUACACCUCCUCACAUAUAAUUUACAUUCACUCUACCAUACUCUCCCUCGUACAGCUGAGGGGGGAUAUCAUAUUCCAACUUUUUCGAUUUUCGCUGUGUGAAAUUUGUGGACUGUGAACUCCCUCACAUCGCAUCACGUUCACACAUUCAUUCAUACAUCCAUACAUUCAUACAUUCACACAUAUUCUAUUCACAUAUUCAUUCACAUAUUCAACAAAUUCUCAUUCCUCGGAUCAAUUCCGAACCAGUAAAUUUCGUCAAUUUCAACCAACUCCUUGGUACGUAUAAAUGAUACACAUAACAAAACCUUAAUUAGCCCUUCAUCUUCUUUUCUCUUGCAUGAGGAAUCUAAUAAGAAGCUUUGAAAUACUUCCACAAGCAGUUCUAUUUUGAAAACAGUUCAGAGACUAAAACUCAUACUAUCUUUCUUAGCUUCACUAGCUUUUUUCCCCCAUCAUCAUCAAUAUCCUGGAUCUUCCUCAUCAACCUUGGUCCUUGUCCUUUUACCGAAUUACUUGUUACGAAAUCCCGUCCCUUUUUCCAGACUCAGCCAAACCUCAAUAUUAAAAUAAACCUUAAUUCCUUACUUUGUUUUUCAGCUUUCUUAGCUGUAAAAGCCGUCUUCCCCAUUCACAGUGACGCAGCAACUUCUAGGUAGGCUAGCCGCCUGCCUCAGAAGAGCUGCAGUCACUCAACAACUUUCGGUUCUGGCGACGUUAAGAGGAUGGCGUUGAUAUUGCCAAAGGGCUUUGUGGUCAAUUCUCCGCAAAUUGGGAGCACCAUCGAGAGAUUCAAAAAUGAUCCUUUAGAUCUUGCCGACAUUGCCAGAUUUUGGAAAGGUACUUUACAUCUCUUGAUUCAAACUAAAGUAUGAAGCUGAUGGUCCUAUAGUUUACACUACAACAAAACGAAGACUUCUCGAUCCCACGGCUGAGCGUUUAGAGAACUACUGGUGGCGAAUAUGGGGAAGUCGACGUCGAGAGCUGGAUGCUUCAACCGUUGCUCGACUGUUCGUACACAUUUCAGAGGGUGACACUGUUGUGCCACUCAGGGGACCACCCAAUCGUUAUGAGCGUGAAGCGCCAAUGGUAUGCAAACCUGUUAAUAGGCCAUGGAGCUAUAUUGAUUUGAUUAUCAGAAUAGUGUAGCCUACAUUGGAAAAACCGCCUCGACUACCUCUGUUGCUCGUGCCCGCAACGAGAGCCGACCACGUACCACACCGACAUCAGUUGCCAAGACAUCUGCUCCUAUGCCACCCCCAAUAUUAAAAAAGACCCGAGGUCCUUCUGGAAAUGGUCCUCGACCGACUGCGCGCUUCAUAUCCCCUGCGGCGUCAGAAGAUGAGUCGGGUAGCACAAACAAGCAAGUCAUAGUACAAUCGCCUCCACCACAACUUGAGCAGACGAGUACCAUUGACGAGAAGAUUGAGAAAGAGAAGGUCGAUAAGAAGUUGAUGCCUGCCCCGGCAAGUAAGAAAUUCGUUGCUUCGGCUGCCAAGAAGAAGAGACCAGUCGUUGUCAGGCGACAGAGUUCGCAAACCUCACAGUCCUCGAAUGAUAGCUCAGCGAGACUUGCCGGUGGACAAGGACAACAAAGCAGGAAUUUGGGAAGACCGCCUCCGCUAUCUGUACCACCUACCCGAAAUCAGAACACACAGGAAAAUGUUGUAGCGACGCGAUCUACAACAUCCCCCACGAAACGCAAUCCCUCUAAAUUGGCAGCCCCGGCUCGGGGUGGCUCGCGCAAACUCGCAAGCACUCGUGAGGAAAUUGUCGAGCUAGAGCCAGCCAAGCCAGCUAAGCCAACUGAGACUGUUCAGACUCUUCAGCCUGUUCAGCCUGUUGAGCCUGUUCCGCCACCUCAGCCAGUUCAGCCAAUUCAGCCAAUUCAGCCGGCUCCUUCGAAUGACCUUCAGACACUGGCGAACAAUCAGGUUCCGACGCAGGUAGUUAGUGAGGCAGAGUUUAAAGUGCAAAGAAUGCUUUUCGAUAAUGCUAAGACAGCUAGCAUAUUACCACCCGCCCCCCCAAGUCCAGAUUCUCAGGCAUCAAUCACGUCUAGAGAUUCGAGCAAUGGCAAACCGCCUGGUUAUAGGAAGACAAGUGCAAAGCACCUUUUACAACAACAAUCUAAAGGUAUGGUCAGCUCGGCACCAACAUUGACUGAUGCCACUGGUCAUCUCGAUUUCGGCAACGGUAGUCAAAGUACAACAGUACCUGCAUCUCCAGAGAGACCAGGCAAAGGCAAGGCUCGGACUCUUAUGAAAGAUCUUUUCACGAAGAAAUCAUUGCCGCAAGUAGCAUCAUCUGGUGCUCAACCAGUGAGCAUACCGCCGCCAGGGUCUCCAGGACAUUUAAGUAAAAGCAAGUCACAGCUUUCACUCUUGCUUGAACGAGAUCAAGCGAGGAGCCUAGAAUCUAAGGCGUCGCCGAACAAUAAAGGAAAACAAUCGGUGAAAUAAAUUUACAUGCGAUAUACGAAAGAUUAACGCAUAGUUUGUACAUAUAUGAUCGAUUUUGGUGGGGAGCAUGAUACAUACGAUGAACAAAAGUGUUUCCAUGGCGCAUCGUUUCUAUUGUUGCAUUAGAGGCGCGUUUGGAACAGGAUUGCUAUUGGUGUCAUGGAUUUUGAGAGUCGGUAGGUUGCGAAUCUGGCUACGGAGUUUUGGGAAAUGAUUGCAUUUGGGAAUGGAGCUUUUGAAUUACCCUUACAGGGCUUAUUUUCAUGAUGAGCGAGGACAUCGGCAUCGGGCGUAUACAUACAAUAAAAGUAAUUCUGGCUGGUGAGCCUGUGCAUGUUUGUGAAAAUGAUAAAAGUAUAAAACUAUUUCAACUCGAACUAC